AUGCAUCCAACUCCUCUAUAUUGCAUCACAGAUGAACAAAAGGACAGUGUCUAUGAACCUGCCGAGGAUACUUUUCUGUUAUUGGAUGCCUUGGAAAAGGAUGCAGAGGCUUUAGAACAGUUAAAACCUAAUGUCGUUGUCGAAGUUGGAAGUGGUUCUGGUAUUGUUUCGAUAUUUUGUCAGCAAUUAAUUCGUUUACCAGUGUUUAACUUAGCAACAGAUAUGAAUUUUAACGCUUUACAGUGCACUCAAACUACGGCACAGCUAAAUAAUGCGUCAGUAGAAGCAGUUCAGUGUGAUUUGUUAUCAGCGCUAAGUUAUCGGUUAUGUGGUCUCAUUGACGUGUUACUCUUUAAUCCACCAUAUGUUCGCUGCUGGGCUGGUGGUCCAACUGGCCGUGGUGCUGUUGAUCGACUUUUUACUCAACUUCCAGAAAUUUUAGCUCCUGGCGGUUUUUUUUAUGUUGUUGCACUUCAUUCGAAUGAUAUUGUCAACAUGUUAGCUCGUAACCAAUCAACUUUUUCUAGCAAAAUUUUACUUGAAAGGAAAUGUGGCAUUGAGCAUCUGUUUGUGCUUAAAUUUACAAAAUUAAAAUAUUGA